CUAAAAAAAAUAAAAAGAAGAUAAGAAAAAUAAAACCGUGCAAUUAAAAUAUAAGCUCCAUAUUGCAUCAACCAUUAGCAAAUGUUUCCAUGGAACCCUACAUCAGGACCUUCCAUGUCCCCCAUUCACUUCCCUUAUAAGGACCCUCCCUUUUAUGUCCCUCUGUCCCAAAACCCACUUAGCCUAUUUUCCUGCACCAUUUCCUAGUCUGCUCGUGUGCCUAAAAUUAAAUUCCAAGAUUCUCCCAUCUCCAUAUCUCUCUCCUAUAUUUUUAUUGUUUUGCACCGCCAUGGCUUCAUCUGGAAGUGGCACCGGCUCUCCCUGCGGAGCAUGCAAGUUUCUCCGGCGAAAAUGUGCAUCCGAUUGUAUUUUUGCACCUUAUUUUUGCUCGGAGCAAGGCCCUGCUAGAUUUGCAGCUAUUCACAAAGUUUUUGGUGCUAGUAAUGUGUCUAAGCUUCUUUUGCAUGUACCAGUAGCUGAUCGCUGCGAGGCUGUGGUCACUAUCGCCUAUGAAGCUCAAGCUAGGAUUCGAGACCCCGUUUAUGGCUGCGUUGCUCAUAUUUUCGCCUUACAACAACAGGUCGCAUGCUUGCAGGCGCAGCUGAUGCAAGUGAAAGCUCAACUGGCACAAAAUAUAGCGGACUCAUCACACAAUAUGGAGAAUCAAUGGCAAGGAAAUAUUUAUGGGGUUCCAUUUCCUCAUCAUCAUCAAGCAAAUUAUUAUAAUCGUAUGAUGAAUCCGAUCUCUCCACAGAGCUCAAUGGAAUCUGUUGAGCAUGGCAAUGAUGGGAUCAUAAGCAUGCAAGAUAUACAAAGCAACAGCCAAGAUUUUCCAUUCCAAGCUUGUACCAAGAAAAGACCUUACAAUCCUGACUUGGGUGAGCUUCAAGCACUUGCACUUAGGAUGAUGAAGAACUAAUUCUGAUCUUAUUAUUAUUAUCAUUAUAAAUAUAUUAAUAAGUUUAAAAUACAUCUUGUUUCUUUGUGUGUGCUCAAACUCAUGUGUAUAUACUGAUGAGACCAUCUAAGAAACUUAAAGUUUUGAUAAGCCUAAUGAUCAAUACAGGCAUUCUCUUUUGAUUUACUA